CUCGUCGCCGCCAUCAUCGAUGCCCUGCGACGCGUGCGGCUGCGCUUGCGGCCAGGCGCGUGAGGAAUCAGAGUUCGCGGCGUCACUGCUGGACGCGGAAACGGCACCCGGCGGAGACAGCGCAGCGGCGCCAUCGACGGGCUUCUCCAUCUCCUGGGAGACGGUGAGGAGUCCGUUCGUUACCUCGAGCCUCGAGGAAGAGAAGGCCAAACUCACCCGGUGCCUUUUCCGGGCACUGUCGGUCCUACUGUGGUUGCUUGUUGUCGAUUUAUUUAAAGGACAUGGUCGUUUGAUAUAUUCUGUGGCCAUAUUGAUGGCCUUUUUCAUUGGCGCGAUGUGGAGCACAUUGGCGUGAUGUGUCAAAGCCUUCCAAAACCACCAACAUUGGGCCAAUUGAAUACAUGGUCUAUACUUUGGCUUAACUUGCUUUAUUUUCUGCUCAUUAUCGGACAUCCGAUAUGUCCCGCCUCCGUCAGACAAAUCAAUUUUCAGUCUUUUGUUUCUUCAUCGAUCUUGUGUCUGAACAUA